UAGUAGAUAAUGAUGUGGAUGGGUGUGCCUGUUAAGGAGACUUAACGUCGGCAGUGCUCUAUUGGGAUCAUUUGGGAAAUCUAAUAGUUGGUUGAUCGUGUCGUGCUCCGGGCCCACAUUUCUGUCAGCUUAUGACCAUAUUUUUAAACCUCGUUUUGGCAUGGUACUGGCCCCAUCUUUUGGCAGGUGGAAAGACCUCAGAGCAUCUUGGGUCGGGAAAUAAACCCCCAGACAAGGGGACCGUCGUCAUUUCCGGUUCAGACGGAGGAUGUAUCAUCGCUGUUCUUUUUUAUGUUGAUGAUGGUGAACAUGUAUGGCUGGACUACGUAACUGAGAACUGGAUAAAUUUCAAUACUGAGUAUCAAUUAUCACCCCGCUAGAUAAAGCUUUUUGUAAAUCGCUAAGUAAAUAUCGUAUAUUCUUUCCCUGUUCCCAAGCCAUACCUU